AUUUUGGUGAAUGGUGCAUAUCGGCGCUGAUUUUGUGAUUCCUUGAUGGAUCAAAAUUUUUCAGUCGGUGUACGAAAAACAACCGAUGGAAUCUAGUAGUCCGUGAUAUUUUAGUCGCACAUCCGGUUAACCGGUCUAUUUAACCAGUUACAGAGACGAGGUCGAACUAUUGUGAUAUUUUACGGCAUGUUUAUCUGUGUUUUAGCAUGGAUUGUUUUGUGGAAUUGUCUAUGAAUGGUUGUGAUUAAAUUAGAUUUCAUAAUCCGGUCAACGGUCAAGUGAUUGUUGUUUGGUUCUGCUCCCAAACUUUCGGCAGACUAUGGAAUCUGGUGUUGCUGCUUUCGAUCCAAACGAUCUGAUAAGUUACUCGCCGGAAGAAUCUGAAGAUGAAGGUGAACCACCGCCCGUACUGCAAGGUUCUCAACCAACUCAUCGACCGCAACAGUCGAUGCAACCGGAUGGAAAUCCGGUUGAUUUGGCCGCAAUUUCCGGGGAAGAAAUUCAACUGCCUGUGCCAUCUGCGUCCCACGUCACCGUUCAGCUGCGGAGUCCUUUGCAAGGUGCACGGUUCAAGUGCAAGUUUUGUCCCACAUUCACCAACACGGCGGAGGAUUUUAUCAAACAUUUCAUAAUGCAUUUUGGAAGAAAUCGAAUUUCCUACAAGCAGAUGUCUCAGGAGGAAGUUCGCGCGCUUCCUAACGCGAACGAAAAGUUCGUCUGCGGAGUUUGUGGACGGUGUUUUGAGGCGCGUGAUAGCGUCAAAGAUCAUAUGAUCAGUGAUCAUGGUUUUGUUGAGGCGAAUCCAAAGGAUUCGCACGAUGUUUCGAAAGCGAGUCCAUCUGCGGUGGUCACGGUAAAAAAGCGGAAACUGGAGGAUGAAUUUGUUGAUUCUCAAAAGUUAUCAAUAACCGACAGUUCUUCCUGUUCAUCCGAAGAAGUGAAAACAGAACAACUCCCGGUCGGACAGGUUCCGGUUCCGGUAGUUCCAGUAACGCAGCCUGUCAUAAGUGAAACUUCAGAAGUAACUUCCAUUGUCCCGAAAGACCAGCAGUCCUCUUUAGUUAGUGAUUGUCAAUUGCCUACAUCGACUGUUAAUCAGCAGCAGGUACAAAAUCAGGUCGGACCAACCCAGUCCGCAUCAAUUCCCCUUCUUCCGAAAGUAAACCAAUCCGAAGAUGCCGAGCUUGACGAGUUCCUUCAACCGAUGACGUUGAAACAGCUCAAGCUCAAGUUGUUGGCCGGGUUGAAGUUGAAAUGUCCUCAAAAAGGGUGCGUCUACAAGUUUGAAACUCGUGCCAAGAGAGAUAUUCACAUUAAGUGUCAUAAUAUCGAACCGAUUCUGAUUGGUCCCGGUGGUCCCGUGCCGACUGGGACCGGGAAAGAAGAGAAAAAAGAUAACUUCAAGUGCUACCAAUGUGCAAUCGAGUUCCCUCGCUGGAGAGAGUGCUCCCAACACCUCUGGAAACAGCAUCAAGUGGACACGAAUAUGCUCAAGUGUCCGGUUUGUGACGUGCGGUUCGAUUUUGCUGUCAAAGUGUAUCGUCAUUUACAAACCCAUCGACCGGUGAAGGCGUUUGGUUGCUCGUCCUGUACUAAAUCCUUUGCGACAAAAGCCCAGCUACUGGUUCAUGAAGAUAUUCACAAGAAACAGCAAUUGUCGCGUCCGAAACCGAAACCCGGUUCGAGUACAAGUGGCGGAACUGAUACCGGGAAGACGCUCGGAGCCGGCAACGAGGAGCGUGAUGUCGAUGCCGAAGAUGAAGACGACGAAUCGAAGAAUCCGGACGGGAAACCAGCCGACAAGCUGCCGUGGUACGCCGAAAGAAAGUGUGAUAUUUGCGGGCACAUGUUCAGCACUUCGAAAGUGCUGUCCAAACACAUUAAAACAGUUCAUCACAAGAUCAAACCCUUCAUCUGCACCGUGUGCGGGUACAAAUCGGCCCGGAAGGUUACGCUAACGAUUCACAUGCGUCAACAUUCGGGACAGAAACCACUCGAAUGCAAAGAGUGUCAAUUUCGUACGGCAGAUCCAAGUGCGCUCAAGUAUCACGAGAAGCGUCACAGCAAGGACAAAUGGUACGAGUGUAAAUUCUGCGGUCUGCUCACCAUCCAGGCCAGUGCCCUGAAGACGCACAUCCGGCUGAACCAUCCCAAAGAGUACGAAUCGAUCAAGUGCGAUCUGUGCAAUUUCACCUCGGUCAAUGCGGAACUGCUGGCCCGGCACAAGAGCGAUCACAAGGCUGGCCUUAUCAAGAGUGAAGACUCGCACGAUUCGGUUUCUUCCAAGCGGUCGAAGAAUGCACCGGAAAGUUCGUCGGAUUGUUUUCUGCCGAUCGAGAGCACGGAUUCAGUGGUGCAUGAUGCCGGCGGGUUUACCAUUCCGGCAGUGAUCAAUGCACCGGUGGCACACUCGGAGGAAACGCAGUUUCCCACCUGAUGACGGAUGUGGGAUGUGUUUUGUUUCUGUUCUUUUUUCCUGUCUCGUCAACGUUUCUGUAUCUGCAUAUGUUUGUUUCCUACACUAUGUUAGUCGUUAUCCAGCAGAUAUAAUGCCAGUAGAUUGACUACUUCUGAAGUGGCAUCAACCAUGUUUUAUUUAUUGUUUAAUUUUUUAAUGGGAACCGAUUGAAUGUAUUCUAUGAUACAAUAUUUAUCACAGUAUGAUAACACAAGUAAUAAAAAAAUGCAUGCUAUAGGAAGCAGUGUUGGUGAUUGCCGAAAAUUUCACAGAAGCUGCUAUAUUGCUAUCUAUAUUGUAUACAACAUUUUCAAUCCGGUAGAAGAUGCUACAAGAACUCGAGUCUCUCUAUGCAUGAACCGCGAGAGAAUUGUUCUACAUUCCUUCGCUCCACUUCAUAUUUUGAGUAUUUCUCGGCCCUUAAAAAAAUUACAGUCUGAUAAUGAUCGUUGCUGUGUGGAAUUUCCCAAGAGAGAAUCGCAAGUUGACAAUUAUAGCAGAAAAUCGAAUCGAUGAUUCAACUCGAUGAUUCUCAUACUAGGUUGCAAUAUUUCAAAACCCUUGUGUGGAGCAUUCACAUACAUUUUCAUAGACACAACUUAUACAAAGAUUAUACGCACAUAGUUAGAAUAAGCGGCAAUAGUAAAAUGAUUCUAUGGCAAUUAUCCACUGCCCAUACAGAAUCGGAUCGCGAAACGAGAAUAAGCGACCGUUUGUUGCUUCAGAGAGAAUCCCCUCAGCAGCGUGCUAGCAGUUGAUUCUCAGACGGUUCACCGAGACAAAUUCGCUCUCGCACUAGUGUCUAUUCUGUGUUAAAUGUACCAUGUCGGUUUUUUUGUUGUUGCGAUGAUUUCCGAUUCUCUUUGAUGGCACUGAUUUAAUCGUGGAAGAGUUGCGUGUGAGCAUUCUUUGAUACGAUAAAAGCCAUCCUUGAUAGGAAGCGUCGCUUUGAAAACGCUUUUCUUCUAGUCCGAACAAACCCUUUUCGUCACGUCCUGUAAAUAGGCAACAGUAGCCCCAAAAUGACGUUUUCUAGGGCAACAGUUUUAAACAGUUGCCCUUAUUACCGUUCUCACUUCCUCUUUCACAUUCACUUCACUUGAUUUUACCAGUAUCACAGUGAAGUGAUCACUGUGGUGGAAAAAACUAAUUUUUCAACAAAUUUUUGGUGGCGUGAUUUUCAUAAUGACAUCAACCUCAUCCAAGUAAUUACUUUUGUCUCUAAAUUGACUUCCACCGUGAAGUGAUACCCAUAAUAAGGGUCACAGUCACUUCACUUGGUUUUCACCGUGUAGUGACACCGGUAAUAAGGGCCAGGAUGAAUGCGAAUUAGAGAGUCUACACUCAUCGUACUCUAGUUUCAAGGUCAUCAUUCCAUUCACCAGCCCCGCCUCAAUGCAGUAUUCGCAUCAAAUUGAUACAAAACAUUACAGAAAAACUUUCAAUUUCUUGUGCAUGGUAAACAAGCGACAAGUAUUUAGUUUUCGCCUUUCUCAUAUAGAAAAAUAAUUACAACUACUGUGAAAACAGGGGUGGAAUCAUGUAAGGUGAUUCUCACCAAGUGAUUAUCACUUUUGAAAAUUUGGAAUCAUGUAACGUGAUAAUCACCAAGUUCUGUCACCACUGCUGAAAGGCUAACAUCACUAUCAAAUGUUGGCAUCACGUAAGGUGAUAGUCACCACGAUUUAAUCACCUUCAUGUCAAAAUGAAGGUGAUAGCAAUUUAGUUAUCACUUUUAGUAGUGAUUUGAUUUUUUGAGAAAUGGCUUUAUAAAUUAUUGUCCGUUAGGUGAAUUCUAAGCCACUGAUAUAAACAUAACCUACCAACAUUGGCCGGAGAGGAUAAUUUUUUAAUCAAAUUCGUACUGAUAUUGUGUCAAAAUUAAAUCGUAGAGUCAAAGAUAAAUUACUUUCUGGAAAAGUGAUAAGCUUAUGAAUGUAUGUUAUGUUGUUAUGUUAUGUUAUGUUGCACAUAACGUAACACAUAAAAAAAUCUAUGCUCACAUUUUCAAAAGAAUUAGAUGGUCGUGACUUAGUAAGCGACAUAUCAGUCUCGUUCAACUGAACGAGUAAAAAAGAUUGAACUGCUUUCUAAAUUUUCUUCUUGUGAGUUGAACUAAAUAAGGCAAUAUUUUUGAACAAUUAGCUGCUGCUAAUCAUAGUGGAUAUUCGUAGUACCGGUGGGUAAAAUUUCCAAAAUGGAGGUAGCAUUUGAAAGCUCUGUGAAAUGCCAUAAUCGUAAAGUGAAUGUAAACUAUACACAAAAUUAUUUAACGGAUCUUUCUCAUUCGAGAGGAAUGCCAUCCGUUGUGAAGCAUCAAGAAGAUCUAACAAUUCGUGUCAUUUCAAAGCUAGCAAAUUUAUCCCAAAGAACUGACUGUGACAUUGAUUUCCAUUGAAAAAUAAAAAUCGGCGCUAAAUUAAACCAAUAAGUGAAUUUUUUAUUUGUUUGUGCGCAGUUAGCCAUACU